AUGAGUCGACCUGCAAGAACUCAUAUUGCGAAUACGUUAGUGAUCUUCCCACUCCCUCAGGCCUAUGUAACUAGUACUCAAUUUUGUAAUUGGCAUUUUUCUCCUUCAGAAUUAGUUAAUCUUCGUUCAGAUUGUAAUACAACUGCUCUUAAACGAUUACAAUCAAUUAAAGAAGUAGAAAUUAAAAAUACCAAUGAAAAUGUAAACAAUACAUUAACUGUUGUUGGAUUAGAUCCUGAUCAAGAAUUUAAAAUUAUUAAACAUUAUGUAUAUUUAAUGAAAAUUUUAUUUGAUAAAUUUACAACACCUCAGUUACCAAAUGAAGUAUAUGGUUUUGCUGCAACCUAUUUUAAACGUUUUUAUCUUAAUCAUUCUGUAAUGGACUUUUAUCCACGUGAUAUAAUGUUAACAUGCUUGUACGUUGCUUGUAAAGCUGCAGAUUUCCCAAUUGGUCUCCAGACUUUCAUUUCGCAUAUCCCUAGAAAUCAAGAGCGAUAUAGUUAUCUGGUUCUCAAUUCUGAACUUUUUUUGAUGGAAUCACUGGGUUAUGAUCUGUGGGUGUAUACACCGUAUCAAGCGUUAACUGGAUUUGUUAUCGACUUAGUAGCAUAUCAGAGACGAAUUUGUGGUGCACGUUCUGAUUCCUAUCUUUUAGAGAAUCGAUCCGAUGCUCAGCUCGUUGAUGAGUUAUGUAAGGACGGUGUAAAUUUAAUAAAUUUAUGGUAUCAAACUGACUUGUGCCUCACAGCUCAUCCAAGUCAGUUCGCUCUUGCUGUCCUAGUGGAACUUGGACAUACUCGGCCUCAGUUGGAUGUAGAAGUUUUCGUCAGAGAUGAACUAUGUGGUUGUGACCCAGUACAGAAGUUUAAACAGCAUUCUGAAGAGGAUGAUGGUGACGAAGGAGACAUAAAACCCAAGAAGGAUACCAAAUGUGACCCUGAAACUCGUUGGCAGGAACUGUCUAGUCGUUUAGAUUCUAUCCGUCAAAACAAUCGAUGA